UAUUAAUCUUUGAUAGAAGUUAAUAUCUUAUCUCCUGACCGCUCUCUUUCUCUGUGAGUUCACGAAGCUGCCAAAGAUGUCGCUGAAUCCUGUGGUCAAUUGUACCGUGGCGGUUCCGUUUAACAGGCAGUUCCCAGAUGCGCUGAAGGCGGAUUCCAUGCUGGUGUUUUGUGGGAGGAUCCCGGAGGACUCCACAUUUUUUGUGAUUAAUCUCCAAGAUGGCAAGGACCCAAAGAACAUCCCCUUCCAUUUCGGGGCCCGUUUUGAAGGCGGCCAAGACAAGAUUGUGUACAGCAACCAGCAAGGCGCAGACUGGGCGGCAAUGUCCGAGGUUUGCUGCGACUUCGGCAAACGAGGAAGCGAGUUCAAACUCGCCUUCUUCAUCUGGAAUAACUGCUACCAGGUCUGCGUGAACGGCAAACACUCCCUGAUUUACGACCGCGCCGCCGACAUGAAGAUCGACACCAUCAAUAUCUACGGGCAAGUUCAGAUCAACAGCGUGAAAGUUUAUGAUCUGCGCUGUGCUUAGAGGUGCGGUGGCCCAGCAGGUGACCGAUGCUCCUUGUCCGGGCAAUUAUUGCCCCGUCUCCGGGCGACACAAAAUACAUUCUCCCAAUAAACUUGCGAUUG